ACACUCAGCGGCGGAUUUAGGGGGUAGAUAUUAUGAGGCUGGUGUCAUUAGGCGAGAGCCAUUGAAUCAUUCAACCUUUUUUACUUGGCGUAUUUUUUGGGUUUUCCCUUUUCUCGAUAAUUUUCUUUCUCUCUCAGGUCAUUUCCAUGGUUUUCAGAUCGCCUUUAGAGCUUUAUCCCUCCCAUUUCUUCCUGCCAAACUUCGCUGAUCGCCCUCUGCUCCUGGCGAACAGCGCUCCCUCCGCCAGGUCUCCAGAAGACUUGUCCAUGUUUCAGCUGCCGACCCUCAACUUCUCCCCGGAGCAGGUGGCGAGCGUCUGCGAGACGCUGGAGGAGACCGGGGACAUCGAGCGCCUGGGCCGUUUCCUCUGGUCUCUGCCCGUGGCUCCGGGAGCAUGCGAAGCGAUCAACAAGCACGAGUCCAUCCUGCGCGCGCGGGCCGUCGUCGCCUUCCACACGGGGAAUUUCAGAGACCUGUACCAUAUCCUGGAGAACCACAAGUUCACUAAAGACUCGCACGGAAAACUGCAGGCCAUGUGGCUGGAGGCGCACUACCAAGAGGCCGAGAAGCUGCGCGGGCGCCCGCUCGGACCCGUGGACAAGUACCGCGUCAGGAAGAAGUUUCCUCUGCCUCGGACCAUCUGGGACGGGGAGCAGAAGACGCACUGUUUCAAAGAGAGGACACGUAGCCUGCUGCGAGAGUGGUACCUUCAGGACCCGUAUCCAAACCCCAGUAAGAAAAGGGAACUGGCGCAAGCCACAGGACUCACUCCCACACAGGUCGGAAACUGGUUUAAAAACCGGAGACAACGAGACAGAGCCGCGGCGGCUAAAAACAGGCUCCAGCACCAAGCAAUAGGACCGAGCGGCAUGAGGUCCCUGUCCGAGGCGGGCCUCACUCCUCACAGCUCCGCAGAGUCGCCCUCCACCGCGGCCAGUCCCACCACCAGCGUGUCCAGUAUGACAGAGCGCGUGGACACGGGCACGUCCAUCCUGUCAGUCACAUCCAGCGACUCGGAGUGCGACGUAUGAUACGCACAAGGAAAACCCAAAACAAAAAGAGAAAUAUUUACCCCCGGGACGAUGGACCUGAGGCGAAAAAAAAGACUCAAAUCCCGCGGAGGAAAAAACGGACUGGUUCAUAUAAGUAUUAAAAUUAAAAAGAGAUAAAGCACGUGUUUUUAUUAAAGCGCUUUCAAAGGAUCCCCUCCUCCUCCUGCUCCUCCUGCUCCUCUUCCUCCUCCUCCUCCUCCUCUCAUCCCCACGUCACCAUCACCAGACUUUCUGCAUGACAUCUGACUUUUUUUUUGGUCACUCAUUUGCAUCAGGACAACAAACCUGCGCGCGUUUGUGAGACUUGGAACAGCGAGGGACUCUUCCUCUUGGUGUUUGUAUCAGUUUGAUUUUGAUGUUUUUAAUUUUUAUUUUUUUGUCCAUUUGAAAAACGGUGAAGCUCCACGUGACCCAUGACCCGCAGAUGAGACCCGUGUUUACUUUAUUUUACAUCAGACAAUCAUUUGAAGCACCUUCCUCCUCUCCUCUCCUCCUCCUCCUCCUCCUCUGUCACUGCCUGUGUGGGGUCUAUGUUCAAAAAAUGUCGAUGACUGUAUCAGAUUUUUAUUUUUAUUUUCAAAAUUUUAUAUUGAAUUAUGUAUAUCUUAAAUACUGCGCUCAUCCUCCCGCCCUGUAACAUACGUGUAGAAAUAUGACUGUACAUAAUUAUCGGCCUAUCGUCUCCUCCUCUUUUCUAUCCCUCCCUCACUCUCUUUUCUAUCCCUCCCUCACUUUUCUUGACUUGGUGUUCCUACAUAAAAUAUUUGUCAAAUCUAA